CGCCCCGCGGGCGGCUGGCCGGGCGCCAGGCUUAGGGGGCGAGGGCGGCGCGGCACCGGGCAGUGCGGGUUGCGCCGCAGAUGUCAUGUGGCCUGUGUUUUGGACCAUCGUGCGUAACUAUGCUCCCUACGUCACCUUUCCUGUGGCCUUUGUGGUCGGGGCUGUGGGCUACCACCUGGAAUGGUUCAUCAGGGGCAAAGAGCCGCAGCCUGUGGAGGAAGAGAAGAGCAUCUCCGAGCGGCGGGAGGAUCGCAAGCUGAACGAGCUGCUGGGCAAAGACCACACCCAGGUGGUGAGCCUGAAGGACAAGCUGGAAUUUGCCCCUAAAGCAGUUCUCAACAGAAACCGUCCAGAGAAGAAUUAACUGAGGAGCCAGGGCCCUCUGGCCACGGGACUUUGAGCAGCCCUCGCCCCAAGUCCACACAGCCCCAUAACAGAUGCCUUACCUGAUUUUUUGCUGCUUACCCCGGCGCCCCUGCACCCCGCGGGCACGCACGGCCGGGCAGCAUGGAGAGCCGCCCGGGCAGGCUGCGUCCGUGGGUGGGCUCCGUCCGUCCCUGCCCGGACCCUGCGGCUCACCCGGAUGCCCGCAGGGAGGAGGGCUAUCAGCCUCCCUAGCUUCGUCCUCGGGAUGUGGGUGUUGCCAUUAGGAAGGGCACCCACAUUGUUGGUUCACGUUUGCACUGGGAAGAAUUCAGAGAUCUCCCCGGCUUCCUCAACUGGUUUGUCCUCUCGGCGCUCAUUCUUCCCGCUGUCGGCUCAGGAAGGGGAUUUCAGGGAAGGGCAGCACGCUUCUGCUGCGGGAAGCCCAGGCCGCCCACCGUGGGGCAGGAGGGGCUGCACUUGGAAACUGCUCCGGCCUCCCACCUCCUCGCUGUGUAGUGAAAACCUCCAUUAAAGUGGCAUGUGAGAACCUUA